AUGUGGGGCUAUAGUGGCGGCUCGCUCGCUCGCUCGAAAGCUGCUGAGCUGCAGAUUCAAUUUGCCCCUGAGCUGUUAACGGGCUUCGUGGGUGCCGCAUUGGGCGGCCUGGUGGACAACCUCAAAGCCUUUUACACCGUCACUAACAAGACACCUUACACGGGGAACCUUGCCCUCUCCAUGAUGGGUAUUAUGAGCGAAUUCCCAAUGGUCGACACCUAUCUGCGUAGCCGCGUUAAAACUAAAGGCUCGCACAAUGCCAUCGCCUUUCUCAAGGGCCGUGAGAUGGAUUCACGACUGUAUUUCUACGCCUAUUGGGGCCAGAAUAUCUAUGGUUACUUUGUUGGCGGUCAAGCUUACCUUGAGGGGUCACAAGCUUUGCGGUAUGAUGUCAACGCGCAACACGAGCGCAGCACGGUCUGUGGCCAGGUUUCUGAGAUACUAGUGGAAACGGGACUUGGUGAGCCAGUGGCAAAACUGAGUCCCAGUACUGGCACCAGUGUGAACGACGUCCCGGCCGAAAUCCCGACAGCUGGAGAGUCUAAUUACUGUGAUGGUGAUAUUACUAUUGUCGGGCCCUCUAUUCAAGUUGUGGUUGCUGAUGAUGUGGAGGUGUUCCCAGACUUGCUCCGUUCCGGAAAAUCCCAGCAUGUCCAGGUACCGACAUCAGGCGUCCCUUUCGGAUCUGUUUCCACAGCUUGGCGGCCCGAAUCCGAAGAGCGCGAGUGUCUCGACAACUUAUUUCACGAUACAUAUGCUUUUUGA